CCUGCAAUAUCUUCUCGAACGGGGCUUGGUGAAUUCCACCAUGGUCGAUGGAACUCUCUUACGUAGAUUAUCCGAACGAGGUCACUGGGAAAAUGUUAUCCUUUCCCUACGAACCGUGAUCGACGUAUCAGAAGACGAGAUGGAUGUCUUCACUAAAGUUCGUCAUCGACGCCCACAGAAAAGCGAGAGAACAAGUCAUCAGAUGCCAUGGAUCUGGAUUUAUCUGAGCCAUGGAUACCCCCUUUGGAGACGUUGCUGUCUGCGUGUCUGUCGUAUGACUUUUCGCCAGUUGCUGUGCGACUGUCCAUCCGGAAGUAUCUCUCGGACGCUCGUGAUUUAGUGGCGAUUCUCGGUGUCCUGGAGGGUUGGUUGUAUGGAGGUAUAGAGGAUGAGAUGAAGGUUACGCUCAUGUCGACGGUCAAGAGUGUUGCUGUGAACACGGAGAGCCGCACCACUGUCGUGCCGCCGUAUCCUAAGAUCAUAACCUUCCUGCAGACGUUGCUUGACGCAUCAUGCAUCGCCUUGUUGCAAUACCAACCAUCCUAUGAUUUGCUGAGAAAAACCUUAGCGCAGAUCGAGCCGGAGAUCGAUCGCUUAGAUCGCUUAGAACAGUUACGCGGGGUACUAGAGCCGUUCGCGAAAGCGCACGUUCGGACGUUGAGGGAAAAGGCGGGGUGUGUUCCAAAGGAGAGUCCAACAGAGUUGAAACGACAGCGCAAGCGAAUGGAGCAGCAGGCUUCGCUUGGAGUUGGUUUGUAUAAGCUGGAGGAACUUGUGCUAUAGUUACGACGACGUAGAUAAGAUAAAACUUAAGCC